AUGGCGGCGGCACUCGGCCAAGGUUUUGCGACGGUUACUACGGACGCGGGCUUGGGAGAUGAGUUCUCUCCCGAUGCAUGGGCGCUCCUCAGUGCUGGAAACGUGAACCUCUAUAACCUUCAGAACCUGGCGUCCAAGUCUCUCCACGACCAGGCCGUCAUCGCCAAGUCCGUUGUCAAAGACUUUUACGGCAAGUCGCAAAAGUACGCUUACUGGAGCGGCUGCUCGCAAGGCGGAAGACAGGGGCUCAUGCUCGCCCAGCGAUAUCCUGACGCGUACAACGGCAUUGUCGUCACAGCCCCGGCUAUCAACUGGGGGGAAGUCGUGCCUAGUUUCUUCUGGCCGCAGCUGGUCAUGAACGAGCUGGGCGAGUAUCCCGCCCCAUGCGAGUUUGCGUACCUGGCGCAAGUCGUCGUGCAAGCCUGCGACGGCAUCGACGGCGUCAUAGACGGUGUGAUUUCGCAAAUGGAAAAAUGCGCCACCAGGUUUGAUCCUUUCCAACACGUGGGAGCCGAUCUGCAAUGCGCUGAACUGGGACGGUCGGUCAAGCUCAGCCGUGCCGCUGCCAUCGUCGCCAACGCAACUUGGUCCGGCCCCCGACGCUCCGACGGCAGCUUCCUCUGGCACGGCAUUGGCCAAGGCAGAUGCGCGGGCGCGCCAACGCCGCUCGGAACGCAGUGGCUGCAGCUGUUCCUCAAGAAGGACCCGACGUUCGACGUGAAAACGGUAACGCGCGCGGACUUUGACGAGCUCUUUCACGCUUCGGUAGCGGAGUACACGUCGAUGUUGGGGACGAGGGAUCCAGAUCUAUCCGGAUUUCGCGACGCAGGAGGCAAGAUCCUCGGCUUUCAUGGUUUAAGCGACCAGCUGAUCCCAUACAAAGGCACUGAUGACUACUACAACUCUGUAACCAGAGGCAUGUCUGAUGCGCACGACUUCUAUCGCUACUUCCACAUCCCCGGCUACGGGCAUUGUGCGGGUGGGAAUGACGCUUCGCCAAUGACGGCCUUUGCGCAGCUCCGUGCAUGGGUCGAAGAAGGCAAGACUCCAGAAACGGUGGCCAUCCGAUUCAAGGACGCCGAUGGAAGGGAGUUUCACAGGCCCCUUUGCCCGUACCCACAGGAAGCAUAUUACGAUGGGGGAGAUCCCACAAAGUUGGAGAGCUUUGUUUGCAGGGAGUAG